UUACAGUUACAUAAGUCGGGUCCUUUCAGAUCAUGUCCAUAGUCAGUGGUGUCCAGCAUCUGCCAGGCUGAUCCAUGGUCACUUUCCGGGAUGGCAGCAAGGUGACUUCAGCUGAGGAUGACCCUGACUGAAAGGCUGCGGGAGAAGAUAUCUCAGGCCUUCUAUAACCAUGGGCUGUUCUGCGCAUCGUACCCCAUCCCCAUCAUCCUCUUCACGGGACUCUGCAUCUUAGCCUGCUGUGACACAGCCGGUGGCUUCCACACAGGGGCCUGCGAGCCUCCCGCCUGCACUGAGGUGCCCUUUCCCUCUGCCCCAUUUCUCCUACAGUAUGUGGGCGCCCCCGUGGCGUACAUCCAGCAGAUAUUUGUGAAGUCCUCAGUGUCUCCCUGGCACAAGAAUCUCCUGGCAGUGGAUGUGUUCCGCUCCCCUCUGUCCCGCGCCUUCCAGCUGGUGGAGGAGAUCCGGAACCACGUGCUGAGAGACAGCUCCGGGACGCGGAGCCUGGAGGAAGUGUGCCUGCAGGUGACCGACCUGCUCCCAGGCCUCAGGAAGCUCCGCAGUCUCCUCCCUGAGCACGGCUGCCUGCUGCUGUCCCCUGGAAACUUCUGGCAGAAUGACCGGGAGCGCUUCUACGCGGACCCUGACAUCAUCGGGACCAUCCACCAGCAUGAGCCCAAAACCCUGCAGACAUCAGCCACCCUCAAAGACCUGCUGUUCGGCGUGCCCGGGAAGUACAGCGGGGUGAGCCUGUACACGAGGAGGAGGAUGGUCUCCUACACCAUCACCCUGGUCUUCCAGCAUUACCAUGCCAGCUUCCUGGGGAGCCUGCGUGCCCGGCUCAUGCUCCUGCACCCCAGCCCAAACUGCAGCCUUCGCGCCGAGAGCCUGGUCCACGUGCACUUCAAGGAGGAGAUCGGCGUGGCUGAGCUCAUCCCCCUGGUGACCACCUACAUCAUCCUGUUUGCCUACAUCUACUUCUCCACACGCAAGAUCGACAUGGUCAAGUCCAAGUGGGGCCUGGCCCUGGCGGCCGUGGUCACGGUGCUCAGCUCGCUGCUCAUGUCUGUGGGACUCUGCACGCUCUUUGGCCUCACGCCCACCCUCAAUGGCGGAGAGAUUUUCCCAUACCUCGUGGUGGUCAUUGGCUUAGAGAACGUGCUGGUGCUCACCAAGUCAGUGGUCUCCACCCCUGUGGACCUGGAGGUGAAGCUCCGGAUUGCCCAAGGCCUAAGCAGUGAGAGCUGGUCCAUCAUGAAGAACAUGGCCACCGAGCUGGGCAUCAUCCUUGUGGGCUACUUCACCCUUGUCCCUGCGAUCCAGGAGUUCUGUCUCUUCGCCGUCGUGGGCCUGGUGUCUGACUUCUUCCUCCAGAUGCUGUUCUUCACCACCGUCCUGUCCAUUGACAUCCCCCAGGACACACAGGAACCUGACGAGUCACUCUGCCUUGCGGUGUGGGACGCCAUCGAGGGCGUGCUGUGCUGCAGCAGCGAGGAGGUGUCUUCGGGCAUCACAGCCCUGGUCUUCCUGGACAAGAGGAUCGUGGCAGCGCGGCUCAAUGGUUCCCUGGAUUUCUUCUCCCUGGAGACCCACACUGCCCUCAGCCCCCUGCAGUUCCGAGGGACCCCGGGGCGCGGCAGCUGCCCGUCCUCGCCCGUGUACAGCAGCAGCGACGCGGUGCUCUGCCACCUGACGCACACCGUGCCCUGCGCGCACCAGAAGCCCAUCACGGCCCUGCGGGCCGCAGCCGGCCGCCUGGUGACCGGCAGCCAAGACCACACCCUGAGAGUGUUCCGUCUGGAGGACUCGUGCUGUCUCUUCACCCUGCAGGGCCACUCGGGGGCCAUCACAACUGUGUACAUCGACCAGACCAUGGUGCUGGCCAGCGGAGGACAAGACGGAGCCAUCUGCCUGUGGGACGUGCUGAGCGGCAGCCGGGUCAGCCAUAUGUUUGCCCACCGUGGGGACGUCACCUCCCUCACCUGUACCACCUCCUGCGUCAUCAGCAGCGGCCUAGAUGACCUCAUCAACAUCUGGGACCGCAGCACGAGCAUCAAGCUCUACUCCAUUCAGCAGGACCUGGGCUGCGGCGCGAGCUUGGGCGUCAUCGCAGACAACCUCCUGGUGACCGGUGGCCAAGGCUGCGUCUCCUUUUGGGACCUAAACUUUGGGGACCUGUUACAGACCGUCUACCUGGGCAAGAGCAGCGAGGCCCAGCCUGCCCGCCAGAUCCUGGUGCUGGACAAUGCCGCCAUCGUCUGCAACUUUGGCAGUGAGCUCAGCCUGGUGUACGUGCCUUCCGUGCUGGAGAAGCUGGACUGAGGGCGCACGGCGCGGGGACACACACCCGGACCGGGACAGAUGCAUCUCCGGGCAGCGGCCUCUGAACUGUCAUCCUGCUUGUAAUAGUAAACUUUCUUUAAAAAAA